UUUGGAAGGAAAGAAACAGUAAAGGAGUUAACGUUUAAGAAAAUAACGAAGAAUAAAAAUUAAUGUACAAAUUGUGUCAUGUAUUGUCAUAGCAUUCGUAAUAUCAUUACAAAGUAAACAUUAACCAUCGAGUAUACCAACACACAGCUCAACAGAUCGGUUCAUAACCUCCAGCGUAAAGUUUGAUAUUUUAAUAAUAAUUUCUGAAAUAUUAAUAUGAAUAGUUUUUCGUUUGCAUUACAAGAUUCAUCAAAUUUCCUGAUUUUCAUGAUGAAUUUCGCAACGACCGUCGCGAAGAUCCACAUUUUUCGGUACGUAACGCAGUAACUUUUGCUCCGAGAGUUGCUGCGCCUGCACGGGGCCGCGAUUACGUUACAUGAUUACAUGCCCGUCUGCCCAAGGUGUAUUCAGAUGUAUGCAUGCGAUAGACUCGUGGGCGCGGGUCGCGUGGAUCUGUCGUGGAUUUGUUGCGGCUGUGCGAUUUGACGACGAUCCCGCGUAACGACGAGGCAACGAACGAAGAAUGUAGCAGCGUACUCGCGUUCGAGUCGGCAACAUUUUGCGGGAGCGGAACCGUUUGACGCGAGACUGCCUGGUCGCGUUAUCGCGACAGUGAGGUAGCGGGAGAGUGGGCGGAUCACGCCGCGUCUCAUCGGCAGGUCGAUGAUCAGCGUUUGGCGCGUCUCCGUGCGAGCUCGGUGGGCGAACGACCAAGGCGAAGGGCCAAGAUGCUGAGAUUCCUGUCGCGGCGAAGGGGGCGCAGCGUCGGCGGCCAGACCGCCUCGCAGAUUAAAAAUCAAAGGCUGCCCAGCAACAAGAACGUCGUGCAGUGCAGGGUGGUGUUGCUGGAUGGCACGGACUUACCCAUCGAAUUGUCAAAAAAGGCCUUGGCUAGUGAUUUAUAUGAGCAAGUGUUUUAUAGCCUAGAUUUAAUCGAGAAGGAUUACUUUGGACUGCAAUAUACAGAUAGCAAUAAUGUACAACAUUGGUUGGAUCCUACAAAACCCAUCAAAAAACAAGUCAAAAUUGGGCCACCCUACACACUGAGACUGAAAGUAAAGUUUUAUUCUUCGGAGCCAAAUACACUGCGUGAAGAACUGACGCGAUAUCAGUUCUUCCUCCAGUUGAAACAGGAUGUUUUGGAUGGCAAACUUCACUGUCCUCAUCAGGUUGCGGUUCAGUUAGCUGCCCUAUCUCUUCAAUCUGAACUAGGAGAUUACGAUCCCACUAUACACAGUGCUGCGACGGUCUCAGAAUUCCGUUUCGUGCCGGGUCAGACGGAGCAGAUGGAGCUGGAGGUGCUGGAAGAGUACGUUAAAUGCUCCGGCCUUAGUCCGGCCCAAGCGGAGUCUGCGUAUCUCAGCAAAGCCAAGUGGUUGGACAUGUACGGCGUUGAUAUGCACAUCGUCCUCGGCAAGGAUGCGUGUGAGUACUCUUUGGGAUUAACCCCAACCGGGAUCUUGGUCUUCGAGGGCGCGCAGAAGAUAGGCCUGUUCUUUUGGCCGAAGAUCGGUCGUUUGGACUUCAAGAAGAAGAAGCUGACGCUAGUGGUCGUAGAGGAGGACGACGAGGGCAGGGAGCAGGAGCACACGUUCGUAUUUCGGUUGCUGAACGAGAAGGCCUGCAAACACCUGUGGAAGUGCGCCGUCGAACACCAUGCUUUCUUCCGUUUGCGCGCACCGGUCAAGGGCGCGAGCAGUCGCCAGAACUUUUUCCGAAUGGGUUCACGCUUCCGUUACAGCGGCAAGACGGAGUUCCAGACGACGCAGCUGAAUCGCGCGCGCCGCACCGUGCAGUUUGAAAGACGACCGAGUCAGAGAUACGCGCGGCGGCAGAGCCAUGUGCUCCGCGAACGACAGCGUCAACAGCAAGUCGAACAACCGCCUUCCUCACCUCCAGCCUCGGAAGAGGAACCCCUGCAGCGUCAGCCAAGCCGAUCCAGUACAAAGUCAUCGGACUCGUCGAGCGUUCAGGGCACGUCGUCGCCUCUAGUGGACUCCUUGUUGAAGUCCCUCGCCAAAGAUCAACAGCCUCUAGAAGCCAGGAACCAGACGACGGUCGCCGGUAACGAGAAAGAAUCGGAACCUAUGAAGACGAGCUUGACGGUCGAGACUAUGACGAAUCAAGUGCAGCUGGUGCCUAAUAAUCAAGUAGGCGGAACAUCGACACUGCCUCCACGGACACCAAUCCCGCCGGAGUCUCUAAAAUGUAACAUACUGAAGGCGACUCUUCUCGAACAGGGGAAAAAUUCGAAUUUGAUCUCCAUCACGUCCACGGACGGAGUAAUCGCGAAGAAGAAUCAGCAUUCGGACGCGGCAACGAUCGUUUCUGUGGGCGGCGAUAAACUGACGCUCUCUGUGAGCGGAACUGCAACGGCGGUAAAUCCUUCCACGGACGACGCCGUAACCGUAACGCAUUUCUCGUUGGACAGCUGGGGCCAGAUCGAACAAAAGACUACGCCGUUAAGUCCGAAAGUAUCGAAUCAAUCGCAGAACCCCUUCAAUCCGUUCACCAAUGAUACGUCCAGCAAUGACGCGUCCAACACACCGGAAGCUUCCGAGGAGGAGGCGAAGCCGGAAGACGACAAGAAGAAAAAUACCAAUCCGUUUAUAGACUCGAAUCCAUUCCUGGGCAUACUCAAUCCCUUCAAAGAUUUACAACCGGUUACAGUGGAGAAAAAGAUUGAAGCGGACACGGAAAAAGCUGGAGCACGAGUUGUUAAAACCGAGGAGAUACAAACGACUACCACGACACUCACACACAAGGAUGAGAGCCAGGCGGCAUCGGAUAUUAGUCCCUGGUUAGUGGCGGACCCGUCGCAGAGCCCGGCACCUGAUCAAACACCCACUAAGCAUACAGUCAUCACGAGAAAGACGGUGAUUACCACGCAGUUAUAAAAUAUUUAUUGAAUACAAAUUAAUAUGUCGAUAUACAACGUGCGAGCAAAUGGCAUCAAAUCUGGUCUUCCUCGGACUGCCUAUAUCUUUUUUACUUAAGGCGUUUACAAAGGUAUUACGUGACACGUUAGUAUAUGACAAAAUUAAAAUUACACAUGUACUUAUUGAAAAGCAAGAUUUUUCCAUGAAAAAGUCCUAAUUGUACUUAAGUAUAAAAGCAGGAUACCAUACACACAUAGACGCGUACGCGCGUGCACGCAUCCCACGCAUACACAAACGCACUCGCAUACACGCAAACGUACCGUAUCGUAGGCUUUGCUUGAGUCAUUGCCAUAAAUGUUUAUGCUGAUUAGUAAUGACCGUUGUAUGCCGACUAAAAAUUUGCGUAUUGAGGCAACUUUUCGUUCAUAGUAUCGCAAACAUUCCUUAAUUAAGUAAGAUGCAUUUAUCGGAAGCUUACGUGUAAUAAAAGUGUCCUUACAACCUGCCAGCAUGUAUUACAAGUACAUGUUUAAGGUCAGGUUCGUUUAGUAUAAUCAUUUUCUACGCUUUCCGCAAUUUUGUGUUCUCUUCUUUUCUGCAAUGAGAAUGGGCGUAUACUCCGUCUCGUUUAAAGUACAAUGAAAUACAGUUGAAAUAAAGGUCCACUGUAAUUACGCUAUACGUAUACUGCCCAUACUCGGAUAUCAAUUCGCUGCAUUUACAAAAUAGUAUUUCCCUAUUUGUAUUACUUGCCACUGUGCCUUCGAAUGUGACAUAAGACGAACGAACAUGCGAUUAUGCGAAUAUUAUGGGAACAAGAAAAGUUCACAUUCGCGACUACGACUGAUUAAAAAUAUAAGUAUUAGGUCCCAUUACAGUAAUGUCAUAUAAAUUACAUAAAUGAUCGAUAUGUAAGUAGAUCUGACCGAACGAAAUCUUUGAGAACAUUUUCGGCGAGAGAUCGUGGACUCGCUGCAAUGAAUGAAUUAAUUAAUUCUAAUCAAAUGAGCUAUUCUCUCUCCGUGAGAUUUGUCUCGAUGAUGUAUUUAUGUAUUAUAAUAAUGACAAUAAUUGAUGAUAAAUGAUGAAUAAAGAAUUAUUAUGUGAUGCCACCA